CAUUGUGAGCCCACGCUCCCCCGUAAUCCGCUCCAGCUGUGGCUGUGUUUGAGGAAGUGUCUGGGACUCCUCUGCCACACGGGGCAUCAGUUUUUCCAGACGGCUGAAAGUGCUGAGGCAGUUCAUACUGCCGUGAUUCAGGCGACGUCUCUUGUGAAAUCACCCUGGGAUGGUGCCUGGCAAAGCAAACCCCACUCUGACGUGGUGUGAGCACGGCGUUAUCUAUAAAAGCCAGGGAGUGAGCCAAGGGAACGGCACACUGCUGCGGAGCACACACAGCACACGGUGAUGGGGAAAGCCAGCACCGGCUGCUUUGUUCAGCAAAUGUAAGUAUUUUGGCUUUUAAAUGGAGUGGAAGCUCACACAGCCCAUGGCAGUCAGGGCGGUCGGUGGUGCUUUGGGUGUUCUCCUCCUCUGUGUGUUCUCAGGCACGAUUCCAAGAGGAAUUUUGGAACAAGUCUCUGCCUGAAAGCAGUGGAUAUUUUUACUUACCUCGCAGGUUACAGCGACAUAACAAGGACAGAAAGAGGACUGUGGAAGUCACUGUUCACUGGAAUUUGUGAAGCACCCCAGGAGGACGACUCUGGUACAGAUGAAAAACCAGCGCGGAUGGAAACGUGCCAUGGGCUGAGGCUUAGUCUGAAACAGCGCGAACAGAACCUGCCCAAAUGGCACUGCCCCCAGGCAGCACUGGGUGAUGUGGGACAAAACCAUGAGGAGCUGUUGGAGAGCCCUGAGCUCACAGUUGGCAGAGUUUGGGCCGCACUGUGUCAGGAGCAUCGCCUGGCUCUGCUCCAUUUACUGGAGCAGUGCAUCCUAGCAGCACUUGGAGGUCUCCCAGCCCCAGCUGAUUUCUGCCCAGUUCUUCAGUUAGAAGGAGAAGCAUUCCCACCAGCCAGCUGCUGAGAGAUAAACAUCCCAAUGCCCAAGGCAAGGGAGGAAACAGAACCUUGUUCUGCUGCAUUCUGGGUGGGAGCUGAAAGCACCAAAUCACAGCACGUAAGGAGUAGACAGAGACAACCACAGUGGCCCCAUCUCCCAGGGCAGGAGGGAUACCUCGGGCACAUCUCAAAUGGACAGUGGGAAGGCAUCAUCCUUUGGGAAACUGCAACUCCUUUCCAGAGCCCACUGCGACCUUAUGUGGAAUGCAGCGUUAUGUAAAGCUUUCAGGAAGAGAUGAUGUGAAAAACACCCUGAGUUCCUGACCAUCUGGUCUGGCUGCUUCUGAGCACAGCCCCCGGCUGCACCGGCUGCUCAGCAUCCCUGGGCAGCACCCAUCAUUGGGAGGGGCCGUGGCUCAUCACCAGAUCCCAGGGUGAAGGAUAGAACCCAGUGCCCAGGAGCUCAGUGUUGAAAUGCUUCACGUGGGCGUGAUGAAGAUCUGCUGUAAAUCCACUCAGUGGGGUCACUUUCCUUCAAACUUGCAUGGAAAAAAAAAAAAAAAUUGAGGAAAUUCCUGAAUGGACAGACAGAUCGAAGCAGCCUGGCUUUAUGACAAGCCUUCCUUCUGGUUCAGUUUAUUUUCCAGUUAAUGUUUAUCUCCAUAUUCUCCAGAGGAGAUGUAAAACCCCAGGUCAAGGAGCUGCACACUUCCCUCGCUCAUUGAACCGCCCAAACCAGUUCUGAUUUGUUUGCUGCCUUCCUUCUGGGAACCACAGCCUUGAAUUCAGCUGAAGUCCUCUGGCCAAACACAUUGAUCUCCUGCAUGCAGCAGCCAGGUUACAGGGACUUUUCAUCAUGCAAGAAUUUAUGGUCAAAAAAGCAUCCUUAACGUACCUGAUGAUCUUAGAGGUCUUUCCCAACCUGAAUGAUUCCAGCAGCCAGCCCAACAAGGAGGAACUUCCUUGAGUAACAGAACAAAGCAGAGCUGAGCUACACGUGGCACAGUUUGGUUUUCCUCCACCAGCAGCCAGAAGGACAAGCUUUCACACUGCAGGUUGGGAGGGUUUGUUCCAACAGCAGAUCCUCAUUCCUGCAAUGCUUUUUGUCCAAGCAAAUGGUCAAACCAACGCUCAGUGACCAACCCUCCUCUUCACCUCUACUUCCAUCAGCAGUGAGGCGAUGCCACAUCUUGGCAGGUGCUCUUCCCUAGCUGGCAUUUCCAGGGAGAGAGACCACAUGAAGGAUUUCAGAAGAUACCUGGUGCUUAAGUACAUCCAGUACCUCGUCCUGUCAUCUUCCAACGCCAUCAGCACCCUGCUGGGUGUGCUGGGCAGCGGGUACGUGAUGCUCAUCCUGCACUCCUCCAGAGUUUCCUCCAAAUCCACUGCAGUUUUCAUCUCCAGCCUAGCAAGAGCAGACCUCCUCAUUUUUGUGAGUGCUGUUGCUGAGCUGUUCCUGUGGACCUCCAGCGUUGCUGUCCCACGCACAGCAUUCACACCAGCACUGCUGCAGAACCUCCUGGUGGCCAACACGCACAUCAGUGCGCUGCUGCUCAGCUGUGUGGCCAUGGAGGCAUACCUCAUCACCUUCUUCCCCAUGGAGUCCCGCAGCCUGCGGACGGUGAGAAAUGCCAGGCUGACCUCCAAAGCUAUCUGGCUGCUGGUUGCUGCUGAAUGCACCCUGCUGCAGGUUGAUGAUGUCCUGACCAGCAGCACUUCUCCAUCCUGCGGCCUCACUGCCUGGUUGCUCCCCCUCUCCAGUGGGGCUGCAGCCCUCCUCAGAGCCCUCAGCUACCUCUUGGGCAUCCUUCUAAGGAUCGUCAAUGUCUACAUCUACUACAAAAUAUUCUUCAGCGUGUCCAACAGAUCUUCAGUGAGAACAAAGUAGCGGGCAUGGCCAAAGGGAGCAGCACGUCAAUACCAGGCAGAAGACCCUCCAACACAAACGGUUUGAAAACCUUCCAACAACCAGGAAGCCAGGGCUCGUGUUUUGGAGCACAAAUCUGUCCUGCUUCCUGAUGCUAUUAGCUUGGUGAUGAGGAUCGUGGGGGCCUGAGGAGACCUGGAACCCAUAGGUUGUCCUGUGGAGUAACACAGUCCCACAGUGGGUGUUCUCAGUCUGGAGUCUGUUUGCUCUGCAGGCAAAACAAAUGACAUCUCGUGAAGGACGGUGAGAAGUGAAGCAAUCAAAAUAUAUUUAUAUAAAAAAUGAUGCUUAGAGGCUUACUCAGGGAUGCGUUGAGCCAAGAACUGUAUAAUUGUAUAUUAAAACCAUUAUCCUGCAAUCUCUAACUCAGGUGAAGCAUGGGGCUCAGCAGUGGGAUCAGGAGACAAGGGGAGUCUGAGAGAUGAAACUACCUUGGUGUGUUCUGCAAUCUGUGUUCAUUCACAGUCCUUGCUACCCCCCCAGAUCUCUGCUUCUCCAUCAGAAAGCAAGCAGAGGUGAUGUCAAUGGCAUGGUUGGCUCUAAGCAAUGAAAGCACCAAGCUCUUACCUCAGCUGCUACAAUCCUUUACAACAAUCCAAUCCUUUGGCUGCAGUGAUAGACUUAAAAAAAAAAAAAA